CCGGUUCUUUCCCUCGUGUUUCUCCCCAUGUCGGAGCCGCCGAUUUUCGGAUCCGACCCCCCGGGCCGAGCCCCGACCCCCGGGACCCAGUUCCUCAUCAGCGGGGGGACCGGCUACGUCCCGGAGGAUGGACAGAGUGGACAGCAGCUGUUCGGGGCCGGAGAGGGGCUGACCUACAAUGAUUUCCUUGUCCUGCCUGGAUACAUCGAUUUCACCUCCGACCAAGUGGAUCUAGCCUCCGCACUUACCAAGAAGAUCACCUUAAAGACACCCCUGGUCUCCUCUCCAAUGGACACGGUGACUGAAGCUAACAUGGCAAUAGCCAUGGCGCUGAUGGGAGGCAUUGGUUUCAUCCACCAUAACUGUACCCCGGAGUUCCAGGCAAACGAAGUCCGGAAAGUUAAGAAAUACGAGCAGGGGUUCAUCACUGACCCAGUUGUCAUGAGCCCCUCAGAAAAAGUAUGGGAUGUGUUUGAAGCAAAAGCUCGUCACGGCUUCUGUGGGAUUCCCAUAACGGACACCGGGAAGCUCGGUGGGAAAUUGGUGGGAAUCAUCUCCUCUCGCGACAUUGACUUCCUGACGGAAAAAGAGCAUGACCUUUGUCUGGCUGAGGUGAUGACAAGGAGAGAAGAUCUGGUGGUCGCACCAGCUGCCGUCACUUUGAAGGAAGCGAACGAGAUAUUGCAGCGAAGUAAGAAAGGGAAGCUGCCCAUCGUGAAUGAUGAUGAUCACUUGGUAGCCAUCAUUGCCCGGACAGACCUGAAGAAGAAUCGCGAUUAUCCUCUCGCAUCGAAAGACUCUAAGAAACAGCUGCUGUGUGGAGCUGCGGUUGGUACACACGCUGAUGACAGAUAUCGUCUCGACCUCUUGGUCCAGGCUGGUGUAGACGCUGUGGUCCUGGAUUCCUCUCAGGGGAAUUCCAUCUUUCAGAUUGACAUGAUUAAACACAUCAAGGACAAGUACCCGGAUCUGCAGGUCAUUGGUGGAAAUGUUGUCACUGCAGCACAGGCGAAGAAUCUGAUUGAUGCUGGAGUGGAUGCUCUGAGAGUCGGAAUGGGAAGUGGCUCCAUCUGCAUUACACAGGAAGUGCUGGCUGUGGGGAGACCUCAGGCCACAGCUGUUUACAAGGUAGCGGAAUAUGCCAGGAGAUUUUCUGUCCCUGUGAUAGCAGAUGGUGGGAUUCAGACUGUUGGUCACAUUGCCAAAGCCUUGGCACUGGGAGCAUCGACAGUGAUGAUGGGAUCUCUACUCGCUGCCACUAGUGAAGCCCCUGGCGAGUAUUUCUUCACGGAUGGAGUGAGACUGAAGAAGUAUCGAGGGAUGGGUUCCCUGGAUGCGAUGGACAAACAUGUGGGGAGUCAAAACCGCUACUUUAGCGAGUCAGACAAGAUUAAAGUGGCUCAGGGGGUUUCUGGUGCUGUCCAGGACAAGGGCUCCAUCCACAAGUUUGUUCCCUACCUGAUUGCUGGGAUCCAACAUGGCUGCCAGGACAUUGGAGCUAAGAGUCUAUCACAGCUCAGAGCGAUGAUGUACUCUGGGGAGCUGAAAUUUGAGAAGAGAACGUUGUGUGCUCAAAUGGAAGGAGGUGUUCAUGGGCUGCACUCAUAUGAGAAGAGACUUUUCUAAAUCCUGUCCAAGAAAUCCCAGUCUCACUCCAGGAUUCUGUUUCUCAUUGAACGUUUCUGGUCAAAUUUCCAGAUAUCCUAUUUCAACCUUCCAUCAGCUUGAAAUUCAUAUCCAAAAGCAAUGGGAGAGGUUGUGGAACUCUGGAAUUCACACUGUAGCUGUUUGAAUCUGCAUGUCUGAUACCUCUGCUGCAUUAUGAGGGUUAUUUUCACCAAAUGUGUUUUAUUUUUGUUAAAAUGGAAUGCGAUUGUUUGGCAUUAUGUAAUCUAAACCUUUAAACCUCAAAGCUGCUACUGAGUGUGGCACUUUGAUGCCACUGAGCUUGUCAGUGUUGGUGUCACCGAGUCAGUUUGUGUUGGAUUCUCCAACCCUUGCACAGUCAGAGUGUUUAUUCUCAGUUACGAUUGCACACUAACACAGAAUUUAUUACUGGGACUGGUGCCUUUGCAUCUGUCACUGCCACUUAUGAAUCGACUCUGGAAUAUUGAGGAAUGGGGGUUUCAUGAAACGUAAUCUAAGCCAGGACCUGUCUAUGAAGCUUUUUGACUGGAAGAUCCGUGUUUGCAGAAUAAUUAAUGCCUCAAAUUGUUGACAGAUGAAUAGCAUUCAUUUUAAAGAUGGGAUGAUGCCUUCAGACUGGUUGUGUAAUUACUGAUUCAUUGUCUUAAACAGGGUUGUGAUUGUGGUUUAAACUGUUCUUAAAAUAAUGAUGUUGCAGGCU